UCGCAUCUGAUGGCUAAACAUAAUAGUGUAUUUAAUCGCGAAAUAUGUCGAGAGCUGGAGAAUUGCCUCCUAAUUAACCAACAAGAAUUUCUGAUCGCGGAUUUCUGAUCAAUUGGAUUCUAGAGAAAUCUGCGCCGAUCAACGGGAUUUCAGCGAUCACUUUCAAAGCCCAUCCAUUAAAGGAAGAAGAUGCCAUUUCACCAUGUGACGGCAGGACUUCUGUACAAAGGGAACUACUUGAGUCGCUCUCUGUCUGACCACAGCAAUAGCGAGCAGCUUGCCAGCAUCUCUGUGGAGGAGCUAGAUGAGAUCCGUGAGGCGUUCAGGGUCCUGGAUCGGGAUGGCAAUGGCUUCAUCUCCAAGCAAGAGCUUGGCAUGGCCAUGCGCUCACUAGGGUACAUGCCCAGUGAAGUAGAGCUGGCAAUCAUCAUGCAGAGAUUGGACAUGGAUGGUGAUGGACAAGUGGACUUCGAUGAAUUCAUGACGAUACUAGGACCUAAGCUCCUCUCCUCAGAAACACGGGAAGGUUUCCUUGGAAACACAAUAGACAGCAUAUUCUGGCAGUUUGACAUGCAGCGGAUAACACUAGAGGAGCUGAAGCACAUCCUCUUUCAUGCCUUCCGAGACCACCUGACGAUGAAAGACAUCGAGAACAUCAUAAUCAAUGAGGAGGAGAGCUUGAACGAGAACUCUGGGAACUGUCAGACAGAGUUUGAAGGAGUUCAUCCCAAAAAGAAAAACCGGCAGACGUGCGUGCGCAAGAGCCUGAUCUGCGCUUUCGCCAUGGCCUUCAUCAUCAGCGUCAUGCUCAUCGCAGCAAAUCAGAUGCUGCGCAAUGGCAUGGAGUAGCGACACCACUCAGUACAUUCUGCACAGAUCGUGUCAGGGCUGCAGAGGGGGAGGCUGAAAUCAAUACAACGUUUGCCAGCGCUCAGUUCCCCUAUGAUCCCUGACUAAAGCCAUAUUUGUCUGCACAGAUGUACUGAAGAGCAUAAAGGUGCAUACACUAUUAUGACACUUAAAGGUAUAAUGUUUGUUUGCUCUCAAACCCCCUUUUUCUCACUCGUAUGUGUUGGAGCGGGUGCAGGCGGGGCGUUUUGGCAUUCUUGGAUAAUGGCGACACCUGGUGGUUGAUGUUUGACUUGAUCGUUUAUGUCCGUCCUCAUGUUGUCCUUGUCUGAUCCAGAAUGUAAUAUUAGCUUGUAGCAUUAAAUAAUAUAAAGAGCUGAAUGGUUUGACAAAACAGUAUAUUCUGUGUUUGCAUAUUUAUUUUAUUUUGAUCAUAACAAUGAUGUCGUUAGUGUGAAGAGUAGCUCUGGGAAAAAUUAAGAGACCAAUGUAAAAUGAUCAGUUUCUCUUGAUUUACUAUUUAUAGGUAUGUGUUUGAGUAAAAUGAAAAUAUACUGUACUGACAACAUUUCUCCCAAAUUCCAAAUAAAAAUAUUGUAAUUUAGAGCAUUUAUUUGCAGAAAAUUACAACUGGUCAAAAUAACAAGAAAGAUGCAUCACCGAUCCUCCACCAAAUUUCACAGUGGGUGCGAGACACUGUGGCUUGUAGACCUCUCCAGGUGGAGGAUCGUGAUGAUCUGGGGGUGCUUCAGCAAUGCUGGAAUCGGGCAGAUUCGUCUUUGUGAAGGAUGCAUGAAUCAAGCCACGUACAAGGUUUUCCUGGAAAAAAUCUUGAUUCCUUCAGGUCUGACAAUGUUCCCCAACUCUGAGGAUUUAUUUUCUAGCAGGACAAUGCUCCAUGACACACAGACAGGUCAAUCAAGGUGUGGAUGGAGGACCACCAGAUCAAGAAACUGUCAUGGCCAGCCCAAUCUCCAGACCUGAACCCCAUUGAAAACCUCUGGAAUUUGAUCCAGAGGAAGAUAGAUGGCCACAAGCCAUCAAACAAAGCUGAGAUGCUUGAAUUUUUGUGCCAGGAGUGGCAUAAAGUCUCCCAACAGCAAUGUGAAAGACAGGUUGAGAGCCAUGAAAGACACACGAAAACUGUGAUUGAAAAUCAGGGUUAUUCCACCAAAUAUUGAUUUCUGAACUCUUCCUAAGUUAAAAUGAGUAUUUGUAGUCUGAAAACAUUGCAUAUUUUUCUGUUAUUUUGACCAGUUGUCAUUUUCUGCAAAUAAAUGCUCUAAAUAACAAUAUUUGUAUUUGGGAGAAAUGUUGUCAGUACUUUAUUGAAUCAUUUUUUAUUUGAAUUUUACUCAAACAUAUACCUAUAAAUAGUAAAUCCAGAGAAAAUGGUAAUGUUGCGGUGGUCUCUUAAUUUAUUUCCAGAGCUGUACAUUUAUUAUAUUUUGCCAAUUGUAGAUGGGAUGGGAUUUUGCAAGUACUGUAACAAAAUGAUGGGGAGAUUUUUUUGGUUUAUAUAAACAAUAUAGCCACUACCACUUAUUUCAGUUUAUGCUAUAAUCUAAUCUGAAGACAUUUUUACUUAAUGGGAAAGUAAAGUUGAAGAAAGUAAUAUUUAUCAUAUUAAAUCAGAACACAAAGAGUUUAUUAAUCAAACAAAGCUAUAUUUAAAGUGGGAUGUAAAUGGACAAUUGGGGUUUGACCUGUGUAAUAUGGUGUUACUGUAUAAAACAUGUAUAUAAUCAUAUCUACAAUUAGUCACUUAUUAAUGAUAGAUCUGUACACUUUGCAUGCAAAAUAUUUAGCUAUAUAAACUGUAGUUGAAACUGCGCUUGUUGCAAGCAGCCUAUAGAUGAUUUAUCAUACAUAUUCAAACAUGUACAG